GGACAGGGCCCUUCCAUCCUCUGUCCUCCCGAGAUACCCACAGAUCCUGUGCUGCCUAUCAUCUUGCUUCUGCACACCCUCAGGCCAGGAUGUCCUGCCAGCAGAGCCAGCAGCAAUGCCAGCCCCCUCCCAAGUGUGCCCCCAAGUGCCCUCCCAAGUGCCAGACACCUAAAUGCCCCCCAAAAUGCCCUCCUAAGUGCCCCCCUGUGUCAUCCUGCUGCAGCCUGGGGUCUGGUGGCUGUGGCUCUAGCUCUGGUGGCUGCUGUGGCUCCAGCUCCGGGGGCUGCUGCAGCUCUGGGGGUGGCGGCUGCUGCCUGAGCCACCACAGGCCCCGCAGAUCUCUUCGUCGCCAUCGUCACAGCUCUGGAUGCUGUAGCAGCAGUGGCAGCAGUGGCUGCUGUGGCAGCAGUGGUGGCAGCAGUGGCUGCUGUGGAAGCAGCGGGGGUAGCAGUGGCUGCUGUGGCAGCAGUAGCAGCAGCUGUGGCAGUAGCCAGCAAUCUGGCGGCUGCUGCUGACCUGGUUGAGGAAGACUUCAGACAAAUGGUGCAGGAAGAAGUCCAGUUCAGAAGACCUGAAAUUGCCUGCCAGUCCUGUCUUCUACGGCUGUCCUCCAUCUUUGGCAUGGAGAUGAUGAAAUCUUCCUGUCCAAGAUUCUUAAUUAAUACCCAGUUUUCAAGGUCCCUGUUCUAUGUUGCCUAACUAACAAUAAAAACUUCUCUCACACUUC